AUGGUACCUCGUCAAUUGAACCCUACCACAGAAGUCUCCCACUCAUCGGGUAUCUGGCGUAAAAGGGUCCGCAAGGCUUGCGAUCGAUGCCGACUCAAAAAGACCAAGUGCGACGGCACCAAACCUUGCUCGCGUUGUCAAAUAGACAAUUCUAUCUGCCUCUCAGGUGAGGGAAGAAGUGUCCCUAAUAAAGUACAUCCGAAGGGGUACGUGGAAAUUCUCGAGCGGCAACAAGUCUGGCUUGUCCGAGGACUUCGCCAGCUGUAUCGACAUACUAUCGAAAGCGGGGUUUGGCCUGGCGAUCCGUUGGAGCUCGAGACAGACGGGCACCCACUCACUUACGAUUUGCUCGCACGAUUAGGAGACUUAGAUCAGACUAAGGGCUUUUGCUUUGAGGAAGAUACUCAGUCCCUGUGCAGACGUGAUCCUGAUGACGCCCGCGACAGCUCAUCCUCCUCGCUGGACUCUUCUGUUCACCAACAUAAGCCGAUGGCUUCCCUAGCCGGCGAACCUAUGAGCGCCGGAUCGGAGGACGAUAUCAAACCUCAGCCAGGUAAUGAUGGCAUGGUUUUCGCGCCGCUUUCAGUUAAGGGCGCUGUUAAAUCACCCACGUCGCUAGACGUACGUCAACAGACCGGCGAACCUAUGAGCGCCGGAUCAGAAGAUAAUAUCAAACCUCAGCCGGGUAACGAUGGCUUGGCUUUCACGCCACUUUCAGUUAAAGGCGCUGUCAGGUCGCCCAUGUCGCUAGACGUACGUCCACACCGGCAGCAACAAGGGGUCGGUGCCGACAUGGACGCACUAUUUCAUCAGAGUGACCUUCUCAUCGCGGCCGACCAAACUUCUUUCAUGCUUGAUGGUCUCGUUACAGCCGCAUCUAGCUCUGAAACCCCUAUACCGCUCAUAAGUGCGCCGCCGGCCCCCCUACCCGAACCAGUGAUAGACCCGGAGUCCGCCCUGAAUUUUGAUCUAGCCAGUUUUGGACUACCAUCUGGAAUUUGGAAGACGUACGCAUUUUGA